AUGCAAUUCGAGGAUAUCGAGAUGCUUGAGGUGCCAGACGACCUGUCUGUGACACUGGAGAACCACACAGAAUCAAUUUCGGAUUCUGGCAGUGAUCAGCAUGCGGUCCCUGCAAAAGAGUACCCAUCGUUCCAGGAAUGGCUAGAGGGACAGAAAAACAUCCAGUUUCAAUUCAACAAAUCCGAGUACAAGAAGUCGUACACGCAUCCCAGCGAUUUCGGGAACGCCCAGUCGGCGUACAUCACCAGCCUAUAUAAGUCCGUGGAGGCGUUGGCGGCGCAAAAAAUCGGCAUUCUCGCGGCGCCUGCUGAUGACGAGGCCCAGAUCGGCGUGAUUUCGUCGGCAAAGAAUUUCGGCAAAAGCAAGGAAAGACAACACAAUGACUCGUUGAUAAACAGCGCGUUCUGCAAGCUUGUGGAGGCAUUUUCUGCGUUCUACGACACGGUCAAGUAUCAAGUUUCCGAUGACGAAGCGCGCAAUUACGAGAGCCUUGCGUCGCUUCUUGGGUGCAUCCAGGCAAACUGGUUUGCGCUUUCGGAAAGACAGAAACCCGAGGAAAUUGCCGAGUGGGUCAACCGGUAUGACCCCAAGCCGGAAAACGAUUUUAUCGACGCGGUGAUGUACAACAACCCCACUCCGUAUACGCACUCGCAGUUCUGGACCUCGUAUAUGGGCACUCUCCUUGCCCGCGGCAUGUUCGAACAGGCGGAGUCGUCGCUCCGCGCAUGCAAAUACGAGGCACUCGAGCAAGAGUGCCCCGAGCUUUAUGUGAUCAUUCAGGAUUUCACCACGCUCGUUGGAAACUACCAAGUCAUGGCCUUGAAGGGCCAGUUUGCCGAGUGGAAGUACACCGUGUGCGAGUUCCGGGAAAACUACAAGACCAUGAAAGCGGGGAUCACCGACUUGGCCCACACGUCCAUGGCGCUGCAGAUCCACGAUCUCCUCUGCCUUUUGAGUGGGUUCCCCAAGACUACUGCAUCCUUUGUCUCCACGUGGUAUGAGAUGUACGCGGCCCUAGCGCUCUUCCAAGUCCGUGACGAUGAGUCCGUGUACCCCGACUACUACCGGUUGGCCAUAGCCGAGAAAGGCAGCAAUGUGUCGUCGGAAUUGGAGCAGGCGUUCAGAGACGUGAUCUCCCAGAAGUUCCUCCGUGUGGUGCUUGCGGUGGAUUCCCACGACCCAGCCACCGCGGCGUACGUCAGCAAAUUGCUCGAGCUCAAGGGCUUUUUCUCGUCGUACUACGUCGAUGUGACCGAGAAGAUGCUCGAUGGACCUGCGUCUUUGACCAAGAGAUACGUGUCGGACUAUUUGCUCACUAGGCAUGCGUACGAGUGCUUGGAAGUGCACCAGUUGGUGCCUGUCGGGCUUGGCAUUUUGUUGACACCCGUGGUUUCAGAGUCCCAGGAAAACACAGCCCAGUCGAAGCUCGUGGUCAGCGAGUUUUUGCCCCAAUACCAGUGCUCCACCAAUGAUGACCUCGAGUGGGCACUUACUAUCUGUGCAAAGCUCGGCCUCACCGGCAUCAUCAGAAAGCUUUUCUUGAAACAGGGCGAGAAAUCGUUGAAAGAUGGUCACCUUUUCGAGGCAUUAAACAUGCUUGUGGGUUGCUACGAAGAGACUGUGUCGUCCGAAGAGACAGCCAGUGCUUUGGCGGAUAUCCAGCACAUUGUCUGGGAUCUACUAUUCCAAGAUUGCUUGCUCAAUAGCACUCCUGUUCCCGACGAGCUCUUGAUGAACAUUGUGUUGAACAAUGUCGAUCCAGAAUUCAAAAUCCACUCUGUCAUCAGGCAAUGCAUUGCGCCAUACGCGGUCCUUGCCGAGUUUUUCAUGGCGGCGACAGACGUGGAGGGCUUUUCCCAGAAUGUUUCCAGGCUUUUCCACUUGAUCCGGUUCAACUACAUGCCACGAAAGUUUACGUCGUUGCUACUAGCCCAGUUUCUCCCGUUGAUCCCGAAGCAGAAGUUCGAAAUGCCGCAAUUAGUUAUAAUAACCGAACUCAUAGAUGCUUUCGAAGCUCACUGGAAGGCGGACCCCGAAGAUUGCAACGAGCUCUAUGAAUUUGCUGUUGAGAAUGUUCCUCAGGACGUCAAUCACGAUUGGAGGGUGCAGUUGCAAAGGGACGAGCAACAACUUCCGGCAUCAGUGAACGAUUUGAUCAGAGACUUGAGGGAAAAGAUAGUCGCCAAAAUUGGCAUGGUGUACAUCAGGACAUAA